AAAAAAGAAGAAAUCAUGAUUCCAGUAGUGAGGAAGAGAAUGAAGAAGAUAGCGAAGAAGAAAGAAAGAAGAGAAGAAAAAAGAAGAAAGAAAGAUUAAAAAAAUUAAUGGAAAAGAAAAAACAACAAAGAAAGAGAAGAAAAGCAAAAAAAUCUGAUAAUGAAGAAGGUGAAGAAAGUGAUAAUGAAUCUGGAGAAGAAAAAGUUUUCAAAACGAAAAGAGGUAGAAAAAGAAAAGCAUUCAAUAAAAUCCUUGAUCAACACUCAGAAGAAGAGAAGGAAGAGGAAGAAGAAGAAAAUUCUGACGAUAAUGAUGAUUCUAGUUACGAAACUGAUUCAAGCGAAGAAUAUUUAGAAAAUUUGGUUUGCAGUUUUUGUAAUACUGGUAAGGAUGAGGAUAAGAUCCUUUUAUGUGAUUCUGAAAACUGUUCAAGGGGUUAUCACAUGUAUUGCCUUCGUUAUCCAAUAACCUCAGUUCCUCAGGGUGAUUGGACUUGUGACUUUUGUGAAUAUGGUAAAGAAGAAGAUAGUGAUGAAGAGGGUCAAAUAAAUGACAAUAAAAAUAAUAAUAAUAAUGGUAAUAAUAAUAAUAGUGAAAAAGCUAAACUUACAUCAUCACAAUCAUUAAUUGAAAUCCCACCAAUACCUAAAAAAGAUAAUUUAAGUAAUAUUAAUAACAUUAAUAUUAAUAGUAAAAUUAUAAAAAAACCAAUUUCACCACCAAAAUCAAAAUCUCCUCCAACAACAACUACAACAACAACUAUACAAAAUAUUACAAAAUCACCACCAACAGGCACAAAUAAAAACUCACCACCAUUAAAACCAAUGCCACAACAACAACAACAACAACAACAACAACAACAACAACAACAACAACAACAACAACAACAACAACAACAACAACCACAACAAUUACAAAAACAGAAACAACAAAAACAAGAAUUAAAACCCCCCAAAGCAAAACCAGUUUCAUCACCAAAAUCACCAACUAUAUUAAAACAAUGGAAAGGAAAAAUUAAAUUUGAAAAUAUAUUUAUUUGUCAGUGCAAAAUUAUACAAUUAGGUGGAAUAGAUUUCAAGAUUGAUCCAUUUAAAUCAAGUAAUAGUAAUGCUUUAUUGGAAUUAUGUUUUAAUUAUAUCAGUUUUUUAGAUCUCCCAAAAGAUGUUAAAGAAGAGUUUGCCCAUUCAACUUAUGAAAUACCAACCAAUUCAAAUUUAAUACCAAAUUCAGCAGUUUUAAUUUUUCAACCAGAAAUUUUAAAUCAUUCUUCAUUUUAUAAUUUAAUUUUAAAGCUUUUAAAUAACAAACUAGUUGGUGUUAUGAAUUUACCAGACCAAAAUUUUAUACUUUACAUUUACCCAUACCAAACAUCAAUUAUAAAUAUAGAACUGGUUGGAAUCAUUUAUUUUAAAAAAUCAAUUACUUUACCAUCACAAAAAUCAAAUUUGAGCUCACCAUCAAUUAGCCUUAAUAAUAAUAUAACUAGUUGGGAAAAUAAAAAUAUUUGCUUUAUAAAUAAUAAUAAUCAACAACAACAACAACAAUUACAACAAACUGAAAAAUCGAUAAUGAAUCUUGGUGGAAAUUUUUUUAUAUUUGAUGAUAUAAAUAAAAUUCCCAUUCAAAACUUUGAUAUAAUAAUAAUAGAUCAAUCAAAUAUAAAUAAUUUUACAAACAAUGAUAUUAAUAACUUUUUAAAUAAAUUUAUAAAUUAUCAACAACUGGAACAACAAGAACAUCAACAAGAUCAAGACCAAAAAAAAGAAUUACCAAUUUUUAUUAAAGAUAAAGGAUUUACACAGUGGUUAGUUAAUCAAAAACAAUUUCCAAGUAGUAUAGAAAUUCAAAACAAAUUUAAUCAACAAAUUUUAUUUAAUCAAUGUCAUAGUAUUAUUUUAUUAGAUAAUAAUUCUAUGAUUGAAAACGAGUCAUCGCUCGCUUUUCAAGAAAUGAUGUCUUUAUUAGCAAAAAUAAGGAAUACUGGGGUUUACAAUUGGAUUGUACAAAUUUCAGAUUCUAUUUUUGAAGAAUUAUCACCUUUUAAUAAUCAAACAAAUGUUAAAAAGAAAAUUAAUGAUAUCAAACAUUAUAUCAAUCAAAACUUAAUUUCAACUCAAAAUUUUUCGCCAAAUAUUCCCCGACAAUCAAAUGAAUUUUUAUUGUUGGCUUUAAGAAUAGCAAGUUCAAAAAAAUAUAAACAAGUCAUUUUAGUUUCUCAAAACAAAAUAAUUCAAAAAGAAUCAACAAAAUAUUAUCAAUUAAAAUGUUUAUCUUUAGAAGGUUCAAUAGAUUUUUUAAGAAACUAUUAUAACAAUAUUUUAAUAAAUAAAAAUUAA